GCCAACCGAUAAGAAAGCAAAAGAUCAAAGAGUGAAAUAUAAAUAGGAAGAAGAAGGUUCGAGUGAUUGUCCAACACAACACAACACAACUAUCAUCAUCAUCAACAGCAACAACAACUUAAUAAUACUAUGUCAUCAUCAUCUUCGAACUCAAGAAACGAAAACCCACAACUUCGAAAAGACACAGUUUGGAACCGUUGGGUAAUAUUCUCACCAGCAAGAUCAAAACGACCUUCCGAUUUCAAAUCCAAAUCUCAAUCAAACCCUAAUCCCACUCCCACCACCACUACCAACUGCCCUUUCUGUAUCGGCAACGAACACCAAUGCGCACCCGAGAUCUUUCGGGUCCCACCCGACAACCCGAAUUGGAAUAUUCGGGUUAUUCAGAAUUUAUACCCCGCGCUCUCACGUGAUCUAGAUAAUCCGGUUCAGGAGGUGGUGCCUUCUUCCGGUUUGGUUUUGGAUGGCUUUGGUUUUCAUGAUGUUGUUAUUGAAACUCCGGUUCACUCGGUUCAGUUAACUGAUUUGUCACGUCAUCAAAUUGGAGAGGUUUUCGUUGCUUUUACUAACAGAAUUCAACAACUUCUUAACCGUCACUCUAUCAAAUAUGUCCAGGUGUUUAAAAACCACGGUGCUUCUGCCGGAGCAUCAAUGAGUCAUUCUCAUAGUCAAUUGCUAGCCCUGCCAGUUAUUCCACCUAGUGUUUCGGCCCGUCUUGCAAGUAUGAAGGAUUUUUUCGAUCAGACAGGGAAAUGUUGUAUUUGCGAAAUUCAAUGCGAGGAUCUUUUGAUUGAUUCGUCGACCUACUUCUUUUCGUUGGUUCCUUUUGCUGCUUCAUUUCCGUUUGAGAUAUGGAUUGUUCCUCGAUAUCACUCUGCUCAUUUCCAUGAAUUGGAUGCUGAAAAGGCAGUUGAUCUUGGAGGCUUGUUGAAAAAAAUUCUUAGGAAGAUGUCUUUGCAGUUGAACGAUCCGCCGUUCAACUAUAUGAUUCACACUAGUCCACUGCAUUGCAAUGAAUCAGAGUCGGAAUACAGUCAUUGGUUUAUACAGAUAGUACCUCAACUAAUUGGGACGGCGGGUUUUGAGCUCGCAACCGGGUGUUACAUAAAUCCUGUUUUCCCUGAGGAUGCUGCAAAGGUUCUAAGAGAAGUUAAUGUUCCAGAGUCAGAAUAAAAAAAAAAGGUAGAAAUAUACUGUUAAUGUAAUCUCAAACUUAUAGCUAAUAAAAGUUGAGAAAACGGAACGUGAAUCGUCAAUGUAAACAACUUUUACACUGACAUCUAAUGAGAAUCGAGUAUUUUGCCACAUCACCUCAUUUUGUUACUGAAUUCUAAAAUGAGUGGUAUGAUAUGGUAAAAUGGAGGACUAUUGUUGGAUGUCAGUUUAAAACUAAUUUACUCUUAGAGUGUGUAUCCAAUAAACUCAAAAACAUAGGCCACAACAACAGAGAUUUCUCACAGAUUCAAUCUCUCAACCGUGUUCAGUUUUUUUAUUUUAUUUUUUAAAUUAUUUGUUUCUUAAUGUUUUGUUAA